AUGGGACAGAGGCUCAUGACCGAAUCAAAAAUAAAGAUACUAAGCACGUGGUGCGAUAAGAAUCUGUCGUUUAUCCCGCACGCGGAGGAAGAAUGUCUGAAAGCGAUGAAGAACAUGGCGAUCCUCGGUAAGACAAUGCCCAACGUAGUAGGGGCAAGGGCCAGCAAGAAGAAGGUGAUGGCGUCGGCUUUCAUGUCCGUACUGGGCUACGCGACAGAGGUAUGGCAGCCGGCACUGAGGUGGGGAACGGCACGGACGAAUUUAGAUCGGGUGUUACGGUUGGUGGCGAUCUGGGUGGCGAGGGCCUUUAAGACUGUGCCAACGGAAGACAUAAUGGUGGUAGCCGGGAUUCCUCCCGCGAAAGGGCUGUUUAACGGCAAAGCGAACGCUUGGGGCAAGAGGAGGAUGGGGAAGUGGCGGGCACGGUGGCUGACAAGACAGUCAUGGACGAAGACGCUGAUCCCUGACUUGACGCAGUGGAUCAAUAGGAGCCACGGGGAAGUGGGUUACCAUCUGACGCAGCUACUAACGGGGCAAGGCGAAAACGGAGUGUUCCUCGCGAAGAUGAGUGGUACGAAGAAGAGGGUUUCAUGGAAUCGAGCCAUAGUGCGGCGGGAGUGA